CAUGCAUCAGCAGCCCUGCUGUCAGGAGGCUUUGCUGCGUGCUGCAUUCCGUAAGGGGUUCAACCCAAUUUAACAUACUACACCCUUAACUGUUCCUCUUCAUACACAAUCCCAUCCUUCUUCACCUUCUUGACUGUCGUUAAUUUUCCUUUUUUUGGCUGCUUCCCGACUUUCGGGGCGGGUUUCUCAUUGACGUUUGAAUCCGGGUUUCAGUGGUGCGCGAUUGGCGAGGUAUUCUGCCCGACAUGGCCUCGACAUCGACGCCCCAGGGCACCCUGCGACAGCGCAAUGUCGGCGUCUCGACUAAGAAACCCAAAGAUGGCGCCUCCUCGGAUGUUGAGCUCGAUAAGCUCGUGAAGGCUGCCGCCGAGAAGUCCUCCAAAAACUCUGAGCGCGACUUCAAGGUCGUCUUUGUUGUCAUGACUGCCUUGGCCUUCCUCACCCGGUUCUGGGGCAUCAGCCAUCCCAACGAGGUCGUCUUCGAUGAGGUUCACUUCGGCAAGUUUGCCUCGUACUACCUCGAAAGGACCUACUUCUUCGACGUCCACCCUCCGCUCGGCAAGCUUCUCUUCGCCUUUAUGGGCUGGCUGGUGGGCUAUGAUGGCCACUUCCACUUCGAGAACAUCGGCGAUUCGUACAUCGUGAACAAGGUUCCUUAUGUCGCUUUCCGCUCGCUGCCCGCCAUCCUCGGCGCCCUGACCGUUUCCGUCACCUACCUGAUCAUGUGGGAAUCUGGAUACAGUCUCCCGGCUUGCAUCAUCGCUGCUGGCCUGAUCCUUCUCGACAAUGCCCACAUUGGCCAGACACGCCUGAUCCUGCUCGACGCCACCCUCGUCUUUGCCAUGGCCUGCAGCUUACUCUGCUACAUUAAAUUCUACAAGUUGCGCCACGAGCCGUUCUCGAGGAAGUGGUGGAAGUGGCUCAUCCUGACUGGCUUCGCAUUGUCGUGCGAUAUCUCGACGAAAUAUGUCGGUCUGUUUGCCUUCAUCACCAUCGGCUCGGCUGUCGUCAUCGACCUCUGGGACCUGCUGGACAUCAAGAGGCCCGGAGGCGCCCUCACCCUGGCCGAGUUCGGCAAGCACUUCGCUGCGCGUGCCUUUGGCCUGAUUAUCAUGCCCUUCCUUUUCUAUCUCUUCUGGUUCCAAGUCCACUUCUCCAUCCUCACCCGCUCCGGACCCGGCGACGACUUCAUGACCCCCGAGUUCCAGGAAACGCUCAGUGACAACAUUAUGCUGGCCAAUGCCGUCACCAUUGAUUAUUACGACACCAUUCUCAUUAAACACAAGGAGACCAAAGUCUAUCUUCACAGCCACCCGGAUCGCUACCCCCUGAGGUACGACGAUGGCCGUGUCUCCAGCCAGGGCCAGCAGGUUACCGGCUAUCCUUUCAAUGAUACCAACAACUACUGGCAGAUCCUUCCUGGCGGCGCCGAUGACCAGAAGUUGGGCCGCCAUGUCAGGAACCACGACCUCGUCAGGCUUCGCCACCUGGGGACAGACACCAUCCUGCUGUCCCACGAUGUCGCCUCCCCGUACUACCCUACCAACCAGGAAUUUACCACCGUUUCGAUUGCGGACGCCUAUGGCGAGCGGGCUGCUGAUACCCUGUUCGAGAUCCGCAUUGAGCACGGCAAGGAUGGCCAGGAGUUCAAGAGUGUUUCCAGCCACUUCAAGCUCAUCCACAACCCCAGCAAAGUCGCCAUGUGGACUCACCCCAAGCCGCUCCCUGACUGGGGCUACAAGCAGCAGGAAAUCAACGGAAACAAGCAGAUUGCACCGAGCUCCAACGUCUGGCUCGUCGAGGACAUCGUGUCCCUCCCGCCCGACCAUAAGCGUCGCGAAAAACCGGAGAGAAAGGUCAAGACGCUCCCCUUCCUCCGCAAGUGGUUCGAGCUGCAGCGUUCCAUGUUCUGGCACAACAAUCAGUUGACCGCCAGCCAUCCCUAUGCGUCGCUGCCCUACCAGUGGCCGUUCCUGCUACGCGGUGUCAGCUUCUGGACCCAAAACGAGACCCGCCAGCAGAUCUACUUCCUCGGAAACCCUGUCGGAUGGUGGAUCGCCAGUAGCGUUUUGGCCAUCUACGCCGGUAUCGUUCUGGCUGAUCAAUUCUCACUGCGCCGCGGAAUUGACGCCUUGGAUCACCGCUCGCGCUCUCGCCUGUACAACUCGACCGGCUUCUUCUUCCUCGCCUGGGCCACCCACUACUUCCCCUUCUACGUCAUGGGUCGCCAGCUGUUCCUUCAUCACUAUCUCCCCGCCCACCUCGCCUCUGCCCUAGUGACAGGCGCCAUAGUCGAAUUUAUAUUCGCCCAGGACUCCCUUGAGCACGAAGUGGCAUACCAGGCCGCCAAGGCCGGCAAGAAGACGGGCGUGCAGAAGCGCCACCUGAGCGCGCGCGAGCGGUUUGCCGGCCAGAGCAUGGUGGCUUCGUGGAUCGCCACCGUCGUCAUCCUCAUCGCUGUUGCCGCCAGCUGGUACUUCUUCCUGCCACUGACCUACGGCUACCCAGGCCUGUCGGUCGACCAGGUCCUGAGGAGGAAGUGGCUUGGCUACGAUUUGCACUUUGCGAAGUGAGGACUCGCGACGUAAUAUGGACGGGUCCACCUUGUACAAGAUGAGGAGUGUAAGAUUCUCAGCUGAGGUCAAUGAAACCAACAACAUGUAGCCAACGGUGUCUUGUAUGCUCUUGGGUGCUUUACCAGAAAGCUUCGAAGCCUCGGGGGUCCGGCCCGGGCAAUAUUGAUCCCAAUGCCUUGUAUUCACAAAAACCGAGAUAUCAGAUUCAAGAGCAAUUUUGCAAAGAAAGGAUGGAACCACGUCGCUUUCGCACAGGCGCCACGGGUGGGAUCAUUAAUAUUGAUAGUAUAUAAAUCUUGCCGUUUUUUCCUAUUACUGUAAAUAGAUGGUGAGUGUUGCCUUCCAGCAGCCAGUUUUGUGGAAAGGCUCUGGAAAGACUGGGUGCCAGCUUCACCACGAUUGAAACUUCCAGCAGCCUUUUUCCGACAAUCCGAUCAA